ACCGAUGCUGUGCCAGUCGAGCAGAGUGAUGGCGCUGAGGUGGGAUGCCACGCUGGUGUUGGCCGCCAUGCUGCUGGUUUGCUGUGGCGCCGCUCCCACUGACAUUCUCUACCGGAUGCUCGAGGAGCAGCCGCCCAACACGUUGAUCGGCAGCCUGGCAUCGGAUGAGGGCCUGCCCGACUCGGGCCACCUGUACAAGCUGGAGGUGGGCACCCCUUACCUGCGCGUGGACGGCAAGACUGGAGACAUCUACACCACAGAGGUCCCCAUCGACCGUGAGACACUGCGGGACUGCCGUAACCUGUUUGAGGGCGACAAGUGCUUCCUGGAGUUCGAGGUGUCCAUCACAGACCUGAAGCAGGGCCAGGGACCGCGGCUAAUCGAGGGCCGCAUCGAGGUGCAGGACGUCAACGACAACACACCCCAGUUCACCUCACCCAUCCUCAUGCUGUCCAUCCCAGAGAACACGCACAUCGGGGCACUCUUCUCCAUCCCCAUGGCCAGCGACAAGGACUCGGGCCACAACGGCGUGGCCGAGUACUCGCUUAGUGCCGGGAUCGACGCCGACCAGCUCUUCAGCCUGCAGGUGGCCGAGGACACAGACGAGAAGCAGCCGCAGCUCAUCGUUAUGGGCAACCUGGACCGCGAGCAGAAAGACUCGUAUGAUCUCAACAUCCGUGUGGUGGACGGGGGCACACCGCCGCGUGCCAGCAGCGCCCUGCUGAGGGUGACCGUCACCGACCAGAACGACAAUGCACCCAAGUUCGAGAGGAGCCACUAUGAGGCUGAGCUGGCCGAGAACAGCCCUAUGGGACAUUCAGUCCUGCAGGUACUAGACACACAGGGAUACCUACAGUACAUACACAGAGAUAGCUACAGUACAUACACAGAGAUACCUACAGUACAUACACAGAGAUACCUACAGUACAUACACAGAGAUAGCUACAGUACAUACACAGAGAUACCUACAGUACAUACACAGAGAUGCCUACAGUACAUACACAGAGAUACCUACAGUACAUACACAGAGAUACCUACAGUACAUACACAGAGAUACAUACAGUACAUACACAGAGAUACCUACAGUACAUACACAGAUAUACCUACAGUACAUACACAGAGAUACCUACAGUACAUACACAGAUAUACCUACAGUACAUACACAGAGAUACCUACAGUACAUACACAGAUAUACCUACAGUACAUACACAGAUAUACCUACAGUACAUACACAGAUAUACCUACAGUACAUACACAGAGAUACCUACAGUACAUACACAGAGAUACCUACAUUACAUACACAGAGACUACAGUGGGGAGAACAAGUAUUUGAUACACUGCCGAUUUUGCAGUUUUUCCUACUUACAAAGCAUGUAGAGGUCUGUCAUUUUUAUCAUAGGUACACUUCAACUGUGAGAGACGGAAUCUAAAACAAAAAUCCAGAAAAUCACAUUGUAUGAUUUUUAAGUAAUUAAUUUGCAUUUUAUUGCAUGACAUAAGUAUUUGAUACAUCAGAAAAGCAGAACUUAAUAUUUGGUACAGAAACCUUUGUUUGCAAUUACAGAGAUCAUACGUUUCCUGUAGGACUUGACCAGGUUUGCACACACUGCAGCAGGAAUUUUGGCCCACUCCUCCAUACAGACCUUCUCAAGAUCCUUCAGGUUUCGGGGCUGUCGCUGGGCAAUACGGACUUUCAGCUCCCUCCAAAGAUUUUCUAUUGGGUUCAGGUCUGGAGACUGGCUAGGCCACUCCAGGACCUUGAGAUGCUUCUUACGGAGCCACUCCUUAGGUGCCCUGGCUGUGUGUUUCGGGUCGUUGUCAUGCUGGAAGACCCAGCCACGACCCAUCUUCAAUGCUCUUACUGAGGGAAGGAGGUUGUUGGCCAAGAUCUCGUGAUACAUGGCCCCAUCCAUCCUCCCCUCAAUACGGUGCAGUCGUCCUGUCCCCUUUGCAGAAAAGCAUCCCCAAAGAAUGAUGUUUCCACCUCCAUGCUUCACGGUUGGGAUGGUGUUCUUGGGGUUGUACUCAUCCUUCUUCUUCCUCCAAACACGGCGAGUGGAGUUUAGACCAAAAAGCUCUAUUUAUGUCUCAUCAGACCACAUGACCUUCUCCCAUUCCUCCUCUGGAUCAUCCAGAUGGUCAUUGGCAAACAGCAGACGGGCCUGGACAUGCGCUGGCUUGAGCAGGGGGACCUUGCGUGCGCUGCAGGAUUUUAAAUCCUUGACGGCGUAGUGUGCUACUAAUGGUUUUCUUUGAGACUGUGGUCCCAUCUCUCUUCAGGUCAUUGACCAGGUCCUGCCGUGUAGUUCUGGGCUGAUCCCUCACCUUCCUCAUGAUCACUGAUGCCCCACGAGGUGAGAUCUUGCAUGGAGCCCCAGACCGAGGGUGAUUGACCGUCAUCUUGAACUUCUUCCAUUUUCUAAUAAUUGCGCCAACAGUUGUUGCCUUCUCACCAAGCUGCUUGCCUAUUGUCCUGUAGCCCAUCCCAGCCUUGUGCAGGUCUACAAUUUUAUCCCUGAUGUCCUUACACAGCUCUCUGGUCUUGGCCAUUGUGGAGAGGUUGGAGUCUGUUUGAUUGAGUGUGUGGACAGGUGUCUUUUAUACAGGUAACGAGUUCAAGCAGGUGAAGUUAAUACAGUUAAUGAGUAGAGAACAGGAGGGCUUCUUAAAGAAAAAUUAACAGGUCUGUGAGAGCCGGAAUUCUUACUGGUUGGUAGGUGAUCAAAUACUUAUGUCAUGCAAUAAAAUGCAAUUUAAUUACUUAAAAAUCAUACAAUGUGAUUUUCUGGAUUUUUGUUUUAGAUUCCGUCUCUCACAGUUGAAGUGUACCUAUGAUAAAAAUUACAGACCUCUACAUGCUUUGUAUGUAGGAAAACCUGCAAAAUCGCAGUGUAUCAAAUACUUGUUCUCCCUACUGUAUAUACUGUACAUUUCUUUAAAUAUAUAUCUUUUUUCAUUUUAGUAAUUUAGUAGACACUUUUAUCCAGAGUGACUUACAGUUAGAUAGACAUAGAGUGCCUUGCAAAAGUAUUCAUCCCCCUUGGCAUUUUUCCUAUUUUGUUGCAUUACAACCUGUAAUUUAAAUGGAUUUUUAUUUGGAUUUAAUGUAAUGGACAUACACAAAAUAGUCCAAAUUGGUGAAGUGAAAUGAAAAACAUAACUUGUUUCAAAACAUUCUACAAAAUAAAUAACAGAAAAGUGGUGGGUGCAUAUGUAUUCUCCCACUUUGCUAUGAAGACCCUAAAUAAGAUCUGGUGCAACCAAUUACCUUCAGAAGUCACAUAAUUAAUUAAAUAAAGUCCACCUGUGUGCAAUCUAAGUGUCACAUGAUCUGUCACAUGAUCUCAGUAUAUAUACACCUGUUCUGAAAGGCCCCAGAGUCUGCAACACCACUAAGCAAGGGGCACCACCAAGCAAGCGGCACCAUGAAGACCAAGGAGCUCUCCAAACAGGUCAGGGACAAAGUUGUGGAGAAGUACAGAUCAGGGUUGGGUUAUAAAAAAAUAUCAGACACUUUGAACAUCCCACGGAGCACCAUUAAAUCCAUGAUUAAAAAAUGGAAAGAAUAUGGCACCACAACAAACCUGCCAAGAGAGGGCCGCCCACCAAAACUCACAGACCAGGCAAGGAGGGCAUUAAUCAGAGAGGCAACAGAGAGACCAAAGAUAACCUUGAAAGAACUGCAAAGCUCCACAGCGGAGAUUGGAGUAUCUGUCCAUAGGGAAACCUGUUUCAGUCUUCGAGAGAUUUGAGACUGGGGCGGAGGUUCACCUUCCAGCAGAACAAUGACCCUAAGCAUACUGCUAAAGCAACACUCGAGUGGUUUAAGGGGAAACAUUUAAAUGUCUUGGAAUGGCCUAGUCAAAGCCCAGACCUCAAUCCAAUUGAGAAUCUGUGGUAUGACUUAAAGAUUGCUGUACACUAGCGGAACCAAUCCAACUUGAAGUAGCUGGAGCAGUUUUGCCUUGAAGAACGGGCAAAAAUCCCAGUGGCUAGAUGUGCCAAGCUUAUAGAGACAUACCCCAAGAGACUUGCAGCUGUAAUUGCUGCAAAAGGUGGCUCUACAAACUAUUGACUUUGGGGGGUUGAAUAGUUAUGCACGCUCAAGUUUUCAGUUUUUUUGUCUUAUUUCUUGUUAGUUUCACAAUAAAAAAUAUUUAGCAUCUUCAAAGUGGUAGUCAUGUUGUGUAAAUCAAAUGAUACAAACCCCCCCCAAAUCAAUUUUAAUUCCAGGUUGUAAGGGAACAAAAUAGGAAAAAUGCCAAGGGGGGUGAAUACUUUCGCAAGCCACUCAUUGACUCAGUCACAAAGUUUAUAUCUCUCUACCUCUCACACAUGAAUAUAACUGCCAUGUCAUGCUCUGGGGCCAUUUGUUUCAGUCAAAAGCGCAAUGAAGUAGAUUCACUUAGAGUAACUUAUUUGAAAGAAAAUAGCCUUUAAACUCAGACUUUUUGGUUCAGCUAUUCGACUCCCCACACCAUAUUUAUACUUCACAAAUUAUAUCUGGUGGAGAGACUGUGAGAGGAACUGGUGAACUAGCUAACACUAACAUCCCAAGAGCCCUCAAACUCCACUUGACAAGCACCCUCAUUACAUUAGGCCCCCUAUUUCCCAUGGGGCCUGGGCACCGAUACAAAACAACAGGGUUAAGGUUGAGGAAACGAUUGAACCAAAUUAUAUUCUCCUCAGCGAAUUGAUUUUUCUUCCUCUUCCGUCUGUCGCUUUAACCACCGGUUUUACAAAACACUAGUGAAUUAUUGACAGAUUCUGAGAAUGGCAUAUUGGAUUGCAGUGCAACACAGCCGAUAAGGCGAGCACUACAGUUGUCCGGGUUCCAGGAGCAAUUUGAGACGAAGUGUCCAGGCAUAAAAUGUGUAUAAAUACUGUUAAUCUCUCAGUCAACAAUUAGUCCAUGCAUUCAAGAUGUUUUCAAAGAGCGUGUCAAGUGUGUUUUCUCCCUUCAUGAUCCUGCUAAGGGAGCAGUAGCAAAUGAACGGCAAGGGCGGAAAAAUGGUCUAAUUUGAUGACUUAAACGGGUCAGACGUGUCAAUCAAGCAUUUCUGCUUCCUCAAAGGAAUGCUCUCCAAAUGCCUGUUAAGUGAAAUGCAUUCUGAGGUUUCUGUGGAAGAUAAAAUGGAAUGAGUCACAUAGAGCAUUAUACCAAUAAACCCCAUGGAUAAUCUGAUGUCUGAGUCACAUUAAGUCACGCAUGGCUCAGUAAUGGGAGGGCUGGGUCAUUCUAUUUGACUAUCCUGUGGGGUAAGUCAUACAGUGCUUUACCACGUGUGUUUAAGGAUGAGUAAUGUUAGAAAGAUGACAAGUGGAUCUUGCUGUGUCAGGUGGUAAGGUGCCAUAGUGACACUGUAAGGUUGGGUCCGACAGUUAAAGAGAUUCGUUGGUUUACUUCGAUUCUAAAUGAUACCUCGCUUAUUUGCCCAGUCCAUUUACACCAGAUCAACUCACAGACACCUCUAUUUAAACUGUGUAAUCAUGGGCCUAUAAUGGGAUAAAAUAUAUUAGGAUCCUUAUUACCAAACUCACUGAGUUGACAUUCCCCCAUGUGUAGAUUACGGAGAUGGCUUGUUUCCUAAUGUGUUAACGUUUCUAAUGCAAGGCUGUUCUCAGUUUCUUAUGGGAAGUUUCUUGUUUUGGCAAGGAUUACAGAGGCAGGGCCAAGUCAAUCCGUUGCCACCAAUCCCUGUCACUCUAUCUCCUCCUAAUGGCCCCUGUAGGAACAAGGGCCUUUUGAUAAUAGGAGGAACAUUAACAUGCUCAGUCAUUUCCCCAUUAGCUGCCAAUGACCCAUGUGACAAUCACUAGAUGUUUAUGUGGGGCUGCGCAUGCUUAGUUUUGAUAGUCCAUUAUGCAUGACACAGAGCAUGAACUUGAGCUAUGGGGAGAAUCAAGGCUUUGAUACAAUCUAGCAGGGAAUUUACAAUUGUUUCUGGGUUUUGAAAAUGGUAGGUUGCAGAAGCUAAAGGCUAAUAUUGUAUGUUUUUUCUGUGUGUGUGCGUGUGUCCAGGUGAAAGCCAACGAUGCUGACAUGGGUACCAACGGGGAGAUCGACUACAGCCUGCACCAGGCCUCCGAUGCCGUCCAGAGGUUGCUGCGCAUCGACCGCUCCACAGGGAUCAUCUACGUCAAGGGGCUGGUGGACCGCGAGGAGGAGAGCUUCCUCAAGUUCUUUGUGGUGGCCAAGGACCGCAGCCCCAACUCCAAGAGCUCCAAAGUCCUGGUGACCAUCAACGUCAAGGACCAGAAUGACAACGCACCCGCCAUCGAGAUCCGUGGCAUUGGCCUGGUCACCCACCACGAUGGUGUGGCCAACAUCUCAGAGGACAUGCCCAUCGGCACGCCCGUGGCCCUGGUGCAGGUGUCGGACCGUGAUGAAGGGGAGAACGCCGUGGUCACCUGCGUGGUGGCCGGGGACGUACCCUUCCAGCUGCGGCCCGCCAGCGAGUCAGCCAACGACCGCAAGAGGAAAUACUUCCUGCAGACCACGACCCUGCUAGACUACGAGCGCAUCAAGGACUACAGGAUUGAAAUAGUAGCAGUGGACUCAGGUAACCCUGCACUGUCCAGCACCAACUCCCUGAAGGUGCAAGUCACCGACAUGAAUGACAAUGCGCCGGUCUUUUCCCCCACCCUGUUCGAGGUGGACUUUGCAGAGGAGAACCAGCCAGGUGAUAAGGUGCUGGAUGUGGUGGCCACAGACGCGGACAGUGGCUCCAACGCAGAACUGACCUACAGCAUCAUCAUGGACUCGACCACUAAGGGGCUCUUUGAGAUCGACCCCAAAACGGGAGAGGUGCGCGUGAUGAACACGCUGGACCGUGAGCACAGAGAGCACUACGAGUUCCAUGUGGCGGCAGCCGAUAAGGGCUCGCCUAGCCUGAGGGGGACGGCCACGGUGGUGGUCAAGGUGCUGGACCGUAACGACAACGACCCCAAGUUCAUGUUGAGCGGCUACAGCUUCUCCGUCUUGGAGAACAUGCCUCCGCUCAGCCCUGUCGGCAUGGUGACGGUCAUCGACGCAGAUAAGGGCGAGAACGCCAGGGUGCGGCUCUCGGUGGAGCCCGACAAUGGCAAGUUUGUCAUCCAGAACGGCACAGGCACUAUCCUCUCCAGCAUCUCCUUUGAUCGCGAGAAGGAGAGCACAUACACUUUCCGCCUCAAGGCUGUGGACGCCGGUGACCCUCCCAGGUCCUCCUACGUGGGUGUGACCAUCAACGUCUUGGACGAGAACGAUAACUCCCCCUAUGUCACCAAGCCCUCUAACUCCUCCUACAAGUACCUCCCACCUCUCACGACCCCCGAGACACGCGUGGAAGUGGUGGAGGCCGAAGACAUUGACACGGGACCCAACGCCGAGCUGGUCUUCAGCAUCACCGGCGGGAACCCCUACGGACUGUUCCACAUCUCACCCAACAAUGGGGAGAUCACCCUGGCCCAGGAGUUCACCCGCAAGCACAACGGGCUCCACCGUUUGGUGGUGAAGGUGAGCGACAAAGGCAAGCCACAACGUCACACCACCGCCCUGGUCCACAUCUUCGUCAACGAGACCAUGGGCAACAUCACCCUGAUCGAGUCUCUGGUGGGUCACAGCCUCUACACUCCUCUGGACAGAGACAUUGCCGGGGACCCCAACUACGCGCUGGCCCAGCGCAGCAACAUCCUGUACGGCAGCCUAGCGGGCAUCGCCGGAGUCAUCCUGGUCAUUGUGGUGGUGGUGGUGAUCCGCCAUCGCAUGCAGAAGGACACCAAGAGCGGCUACCAGGCAGGCAAGAAGGAGAGCAAGGACCUGUACGCCCCUAAAGCAGGGCCGAAGAACGGCAAGGGCAAAAAGAGCAAGAAGGGCAAGGCGCCCAAGCCCGCCAAGCCACUGGAGGAGGAAGAAGAGGCAAGCCUCCAGAAGGGCCUCAACUUCAACCUCAUAAACGAUAGUGUCAAUGACAGUCCCCGGAUCCACCUGCCCCUCAACUACCCCCCGGGCAGCCCCGACCUGGGCAGACACUACCGCUCCAACUCCCCCCUGCCCUCCAUCCAGCUGCAGCCCCAGUCGCCCUCUGCCUCCAAGAAGCACCAAGCCGUUCAGGACCUGCCCGCCACCAACACCUUUGUGGGCACGGGUGACAACAACUCUACAGGCUCCGAUCAAUAUUCGGAUUACAGCUACAAGGCAAACCCGCCAAAAUACAGCAACAAACAGGUAGGCGACUACUUCGUAAACACAGCAGGGUACAACAGGAACAUUAUGUGGAGCGACGAGGUUUGGUAGACAUGGGACUGAAUCACAGAGAUCUGCUACCAAAGCUGCA